CGAGCACAAAUAGACCCGGUCAGUUUGACUUUAACUACAAGCCCAUACUGUCCACACAGAGCACCUUGUUGAUUCCCGCCAAAGGAGGAGCGUCUUCACUUAUUUACAGAGUUUAAACUUCUGAACUGCUGCUGAGUGGGCUCAACAUGAAGCUGCUGCUUGGUUUGUUUGUUCUGGGGGCGACGCUGGGGGUCCUUUAUUCUGCCCCAGAGGACGAACCCACAGGUAUCUCAAAGGACACCUUAAAACAGUUGUCCCUGGAUGGGGAGAAACUUGUGGAUGAGGAGGUGAGGAGGGCUCUGUAUGGGGUGAAGCAAAUGAGGGAGGUGAUGUGGAGUAAUGAGCAGAAGCACGAACACCUCAUGAAAUCCCUCCGGCACAGCAGUGACAAGAAGAAGGGGGCGGACCAGCUGACUAAGGAGGUGACAGAGAAGCUGGAGGAGGCAGAGCAGCAGUGCAAAGACUCCCUGCAGUCUGAGUGGGAGCAGUGCAGGCCCUGUCUGGAGGACGCAUGCAAAACUUUCUACACCUCCACCUGCCGCAGGGGAUAUGGCUUCUUCCAUGCCAAGGUGGAGAACUUCUUCCGCAGGGUGUCCAAGCGUUUCGGCCCCAGAGAGUCCCGUCUAGAGGCAGGGGACAUCCUGGUCAAUCAGAGCCCAGAGGACAGCGACAUGGAGGUGGAUCGCAUCGAGGAGUCUUUCAGCCGCCUGAGCAGCAAGGUGGGGCUGCUGGUGAACCGCAGCGUGGAGCUGGUCUCCAGGAUGAGUGGCCGGCUGGACCAGGUCCUGCAGAAAGCCUUCCUGAACAACACCGACUCCCUGAUGGAGUACGACUCCGCAGACCCCUACAACCCCGCUCGGGACUCCGGCUUCCUGCAGGGAGUGGGACUGGAGGAUGUGCUGGAGUCCUUCUUUGACUUCGGCAAGAGUGUGGUGGAGGAGUUUGGAGCGGUGGUGACCCAGAGGUUUGAUGACAUCCAGAAGGCGGUGGAGGAACAGAAGAAGAAAGGGAGGGACAUGUUCCCUAGUUUUCUGCAGAACAGGAAGUUGUGCCGAGACCUUCGCAAACAGACCUCACAGUGCUGGCAGCUGCAGAGCCAGUGUGAGGCCUGUCAGGGAGCGCUGCUCACAGAGUGCCCCAGCGUCCGGGACCUGCAUGUGGAGCUAGAUGAAGCAUCCCAGCUGCUGGAUGUUUCCUCAGAGCAGUACGAUGAGAUCCUGUCCAUCGUCCAGCACCACACUGAUGAGACCAUCAUCUGGUUGAGCAGCAUGGUGGCCGACUUCAGCUGGGUGGCUCAGGCCGUGAACAGAAACACUCCUCAAAACCUCUUCCGUAUCAACGUGGUGGCACCAGAUACCCAGGAUGAACAGAAUGAAUCUGAGAGGGAGACCAAGGUGGAGGUGAACAUCCUGAACUCUCCCCCACUCAUCUUCUCCAUUCCUGGGGAGCUGAAGCUGAGGGAUCCGCACUUCAUCCAGUAUGUGACCCAGGAAGCUCUGAGCAAGUACAAGGAGAUGGUCAGGUACGACGAGGAUGAGUAAACUACAGUCUCCUUUUCCAGCACUUUGAGUAGAACUAGCUUGUGCUCCUGUAUACAAACCAUUUCAAUCAUUCCUAUUUAUUGAAUGUAAAAUGAAGAAAAUGUACUACAUAGCUGUUGUAAAAUAAAAUACCAAAUAAGCCCUGAGUGAUUUAUAAAAGGCCACGUUGAGCUUCUUGAAGCCGAGUUGUCGAAGACGUGAUCCUCGGCGCAGGCUGAAUCUGAGAGAGGAUCGAUGCUGCUUGCAAAGAACAAGAGGAGGCUAAAGGACUCCUUUGAGAAAAAAACCUUUAUUUUUUUCUGUACAAAAUCAUAUUAGUUACCAUUCUCAGUAUUUUAUUAUCAUCUCCCCACCAGUUCAAGUUCCAUUUUCAGGGAACAAUCACAUAUUAGCUUGUGAGUGAAACACAAAGAUAAAAAGAAAAAAAAUUCACAUCUUUGUCCGAUCCUUUUUUAUCACCUAUCGAAUGAUUUCCCCUCACACCGCUUGACAGACAGUGGAUGUGACUUUAAGGAACUUUUUAUUGGACUUUUAUAUCAUCUAUAAAAGCACUAAAGUUCCUGACCUGACCACUGUGUGUGCAAGGUGUUUGUUUUGUCUGGUAUUACUAACUCCACUCCAGAAGUGAUCCAUCAUCUCUACAAUCUGGAAUUAAAGAAUGAAAACCAUAAAGGGGAGCUACACACAGCAAAUGCCACUUGAGAGCUUUUGUUUCUUAACACGUGGCUGGAUGACUUUGCAUAGGUGCAUUUACAAAUGAAAAUAUUUGUUUUGUGUUGUUGGAUUUAGAUUAAAGGAUUCCCUCCAGCUGACUGAGAAUUCAUUAAAAUAAAAAGGCAUGUUAUGUUUUAGUUUGGUGGGAUUUUACUGAGACGAACAGACAGAAAUACUACAGCAGCAUGUGUGAUUUACAUGAUCAUGUGAAAAGAUCUAAUUUUAAAACGGUGUAGGUGUGUGCAACUUUGUUAAGAUUCUUUUACAGCAAUCUAAAAUAUGCACCAAGAUGCUAAUUUUUGAUAACUACUCAAACAUACUUAAAUUUCACAGCUGAUAUUCAAAACAUUUAUAAAAUGUUAAACAGGAAAAAAGUUAUCGCACAUGAAUAUUAUCAAAAUAGCUCUUUAUGAUUUCAAGUCCCCGUUUAAAUUAAAAAAGCAUAUUAAAAAAAAAAAAUCGAUGUGAUUUGCCUUUAAAGCGACCGUAUUAAAUAUAAUUUGUAGGAUUUUUAAACACGGCAUUCUCAUGUUCUCACUCAUCCACCUGGUCACACCUGCUAAAAAUACAUCUUCGCACAUACUGUAUGUACACCUGCUUUGAUCUAUCCAUACAUUCGUUCAUCCAUGAAGUACAACCGGUCCAUUUACUCCUCCUCCUCACACCUGCUCCAUCACAGCUUUACAGACGCAGCACACACUGACAUUUCAACCAGUGUCGUAGGUCAGAAACAAAACCCAUCAACGUGCAUUUAAAAACCAAACUCAUGUACAUACAAAAGAUCUUGACUUCAAUAUCAAAGAACUGUGUAAAAUAAAUUGGGGUUGAAUUAGAGGAGAGGGGGCAUGUAUCAUUUAAAAAAGUUUAAAAAAUGGUGCGUCUGCAAGUAGCCAUUGAUUUAAAAUUAGGAGACAACCCCUCUCUUUUAGAUCACAGUGUUGUGGCCAGUCCAUGUGGAUUAUUCUGAUUAGCAGGCUUCCCAAAGCUUAAAGUACCAGCACCAAUCUGCACAGUUGGACAUUUCCCAAACAUUUGGUCCCUGAUUAGCCAAGGGACAUCCUUCUACUUCGGAAAACAUUUUCUUCUUGCUCCUGCAGAUACACCAGGGUGGCUGUGGACUAGUUUGUAGCUUUAAAACCUUUUUCCCUCUGCAGCCUCAUCAAGACUUUUUCCCAUGUUGAAGUCCUCUGUUGUCCCUGCUUUUUCUCUGCACUGAUGUACCUCUGUAUGAAGCCUGAGUUCAACCCCCAAAAAACCCUCCCCCCUGACUAGAGGUUGUCCCCGGGCUGGUACUGUGGCUCUGUGGCUGUGAAGUAGUCUUCCAAAAAGGACUGGAUGUAUUCGAAAGUUGGUCUCUCAUCCGGCUCCUUCUUCCAG